UAGACAAAAAAAACCCUAGCCGCCCCUAACAGACCCUUCUCUCUCACGCUUUCUCACACGAAAAAAGAAGAAGAAGCUGAAAACUCAAAAUUGCUGCAGUUCGAAUUCAAUAUUUAGAUCUGGAAAAUAAUUUUUUUUAAAAAGAGUUAAAUAUCUGAAAGCAGCAGAGUUUUUUUUUCUUUCAAAGCUGUAGCUAUUUUCAGUUGAUUCCAAAGGAUUUCCUCUGUCAUUUUCUGGGUUCUUCAAGCUGGAUUCCAUCUGCCUUUUUCUGCUAUAGCAACUAGCUGAGCUCAUCGUUGGGUUUUCAACCUUCAUUUGGUCUUAAUUUCUUCUCCUGUGCUGUUUCGAGAUUAAGGAGGCAUGUUUUAUUUGAGUGAAAUAGAACACACACUGAGAUUGCCGCCUCAUCUCCUAAGUCUUCCACUCAAUGAAUCAAUCCGGGGAGAGCUUGAGGGUCUCUUUGUGGAUAAGGUUAUUGCAAAUUUGGGCCUCUGCAUAUCUGUGUACGAUAUUCGCUCCAUAGAUGGCGGUUUUAUCUAUGCAGGAGAAGGUGCCUCAACGUAUACGGUCAAGUUUAGACUGAUAGUGUUUCGCCCAUUUGUAGGAGAAGUAAUAGCUGCUAAACUCAAAGAGUCCAAUGCAGAGGGUUUACGCUUGUCACUUGGAUUUUUCAAUGACAUUUAUGUACCCCCGCCUCUAAUGCCAUCUCCAUCACGUUCCGAGCUUGAUCCCGAAAACAAGAACCAAGUCAGAUGGAUAUGGCAGUUUGAGGGACAAGAUGAAUAUCCUAUUGAUGGCGUAGAUGAGAUUAGGUUCCAAGUUCAUAGUGUUAGUUAUCCAUCCGCACCUCUUGAGCAAGAAAAGGAUUCAAAGCCAUUUGCACCAAUGGUCAUAAAGGGAUCUCUUGAUGCUGAUGGUCUAGGACCUAUUUCAUGGUGGAUAUAGCAGAAAUUACUGUAGAAUCUUUGACAAUAAACUAUAUAAUUUUUUUUUUUGUUAAAUAGAGAGAAAAACAGAAGGGAGCCUUCGAGCAACGGUAAAGUUGUCUUUGUGUAACCUAUAGGUCACGGGUUCGAGUCAGCGUAGACUGUCUACAUCACACUCCCUUGGGGUGCAACCUUUCCCCUGACCCGGUGUGACUGUAAUUUUGACAUCCUGAGAAAGAAGCAAAAUGAGCUUCUCUUUGUGUUAGUUCAAAUCUCUUAACAGUUUCUCAGUACACUCUUUUCAGAAAGGAUGAUUCUGCUAAUUACGUGUUUCUAUUUC